AGUGAAAACAGGAAUACACAAGUAACAGUUGUCAGGAUCUGUAUGCGCAUUAUUUUACUUCCUGAGUGUUAUUUCGGACAAGUCAACAUGAUCCAGAGGAAUAAUGUGCUUCUUUUCAAGCCGGGCAUAUUUGCUAACAUAGACUCUAGCAACAGUUGCAGUCCCUAAAUGAUGCAGAUGUUGACAUCCUGCACUUCCAUGGCUUCCGACAAACAGGAAUACUCCGUCUGUUUACAUUAUUUCUUUACUUCCUUUACUGUGGAAAUGAUAAUGCAUGAAAAGACAGGUAUUUACUUUGAUGGAUGAAUCGCCAUCCUCCUCUUAGAAUAUCAUAAUUGCUUGCUAUGAGUCAUCCACUGGUUGAGCUUUUGCUGUAUUUACGGUAAGGUGGACCAGCGCUGUCCACUGUACGAGGAUCAGGUGAUCCACCGAGGAAAAACGGAUCACUUGCCGACUAGAGAAAAUGCAAAAUGGCAUAUUGGGAAUUUGAGGGACAGCUUUGCUUACUAAUUCAGCCUGUUUCUGGAUUAAAGCCACAUCUUAGGAAUUACACGGUGAUGAUGUAACCUUAACUGGGGAACAUUUCUUGUCUGGAGGAAGACCGUUUUAUUAUUUUAUUUUAUUUUUUAACAUGGGGCUGUGUUACAGUCUGCGCCCUCGUCUGUUUGGUGAUCCUAGCGGAUCUGUUUCUAACGCCACCACGUCCGAGUCAGAGCAGCCGCCAGACCAUGCGGUGCCGCUCCGUGCUGGGGACCUCCGCCAUGGGGAAAGUCGGGGUUCAGGGGACACAAAGUCCCUCCGCGAUGGAGUCGGGCGCUUUGGGGACCACGGCAAGCUGGGUGACAAGGAGCUGCGCCGCAGCGACACUGAUGGAGUGCUGAUGCAGAAUGGGAGCGGUACAAGUGCAGCAGAGCGCCAGAAGCAGCUGCAUAUGCUGGAGAAGCACAGCAAGCAGAAGCAGCAGAAAAACUGGGACAAACUCCGGGAGGAGGAAAAGGAAGCCGAAAAGGAGGCGAAGAAAGUCAGUAAAAACAUCGACCGGGUCCUAAAAGAGCAAAAGAGGGAGUACAAGCAGACCCACAGGCUGCUGCUGCUUGGGGCUGGUGAAUCAGGAAAAAGCACUAUUGUCAAACAAAUGAGGAUUCUGCACGUCAAUGGAUUCAAUGCAGAAGAAAAGAAACAAAAAAUCCAAGACAUAAGGAAGAAUGUUAAGGAUGCUAUAGUGACUAUAGUUUCAGCGAUGAGCACUUUAAUACCCCCUGUUCCAGUGGCCAACCCUGAAAACCAGUUCCGAAUAGAGUACAUUAAGAGUAUUGCUCCUUUAUCGGAUUUUGAGUACACACAGGAAUUCUUUGACCAUGCAAAAAAGCUUUGGGAUGAUGAAGGAGUCAAGGCAUGCUUUGAGAGAUCAAAUGAAUACCAACUGAUCGACUGUGCACAGUACUUUUUGGACAGAAUUGACAGUGUCCGACAAAAUGACUACACGCCCACAGACCAGGACUUGCUCAGAUGCAGAGUUUUGACAUCAGGGAUUUUUGAAACACGAUUUCAAGUUGACAAAGUAAACUUUCACAUGUUUGAUGUGGGAGGACAGAGAGAUGAAAGAAGAAAAUGGAUCCAGUGCUUUAACGAUGUCACUGCUAUAAUAUUUGUUGUGGCCAGCAGUAGCUACAACAUGGUCAUACGGGAAGAUAACAACACAAAUCGACUUCGAGAAGCCUUAGAUUUGUUCAAAAGUAUCUGGAAUAACAGGUGGUUGCGAACAAUUUCUGUCAUCUUGUUCUUAAACAAACAAGAUAUGUUGGCUGAAAAAGUCUUGGCAGGAAAAUCCAAAAUUGAAGAUUACUUUCCUGAAUAUGUCCGGUACACAAUACCUGACGAUGCAACUCCUGAAGCAGGUGAAGAUCCCAGAGUCACAAGAGCAAAAUUUUUCAUCCGGGAUGAGUUUUUAAGGAUCAGCACUGCAAGUGCAGAUGGAAGGCACUACUGCUACCCUCAUUUUACAUGUGCAGUAGACACAGAAAACAUACGUCGAGUAUUCAAUGACUGUCGAGACAUCAUUCAGAGAAUGCACCUUCGCCAGUAUGAACUUUUGUGAUCAGGAACAACUUGGAAACUGGUUUUAAAUUCUUUGUUCCUUUUUCUACAAGCCCUUGCAGGAUGAAAACGUACUACUGAAAUGUGUGUCAGCCUCUCAGUUCGAUUUCCUGGAUAAUUUAACUCCGAUAUUCACAAGCAGUUUUCUUGUAUAUUUUUUUAUUUUCUUUUUUUGGGGGGGUGGGGGGACUGUGCUCUAUUUUGACAGGACACAUUCUUCUCAUUCUGUUAAGCCUUUGGCUACCUCUGAAUAAUAUUUAUUUUAGCCCUUUCCCAAAGAAACCCUGAUAUAACCUUCUGCUUGCAUUAAGCAGCACUGGAUUCAGACCAAACCCUGUGUGGUGUAUAUACAUAUAUAUAUAUAUAUAUAUAUAUAUAUAUAUAUAUAUAUAUAUAUAUAUAUAUAUAUAUAUAUAUUUAUCCACUCAGAACAUGACACUGAAGCAUACUUGAUGAGAAGAAAAAUGCACUUUGUAUCAGGUUAUCUAAAUACUGCUGAGGACGUGUACACAUGAUGUAGCAACACUACAAUAUUUAUUAUUCUGUCAUUCAUUUUUGCUUUCUGAGUUGCAGGUCGACAGAAGAAGUGGCCUCCCUCUUUUGUAAGCUGUUAAAGGCACUGAAGUAGUGCAAACAAAACAUAAAAAAGAGGCACAGUAAGGAUAGACAAUUCAGAGUUUGAAGCUAAAUGCCUCUGAUAACCUCAGGCCUUUACACAGCAGCUGCUUUCAGCCUACUGCAUUUAGGCUAGAAUUAUAAUAUUAAUUGUUCUGACCACAAACAAUUCUUUUAGUUUAGAUCAUUCUUGGACAGCAAGUCCAGUAUAAAUAUAAAUAUAAAUAUAUAUAUAUAAUUUUUUCGUUUUGUUUUACUGCUGGUUUAUUAUCUUGUACAGACUGUAAAAUGUAAUAUUAUUUUGUACAACUUUAUUGAAGAAAAAAAUACUUGUAGACGAUCUUUGUGCCUUGAUUAUGGCUGUACCUGUAAAAUGAGCUAAGAUGUAAGUAUGUUUUUGAUUGCGCUGUACAGCUUGAUGUCAACCCUAUCUACAGCAGCGACUGGAGGUAGGGACUUUAUCUGUAGAAUUUAGUUUUUUUCUGGUUUAUAUAAAAAAGGAAAUGCUCUUUAGUAAAAAAUGUAUAAAUUAUGCAAAUUAACCACUUACCUUUACAAGUGAGGUCAUACAGUGACCAGAUGUUGCAGCAACAUGCCUUUGUUUUUGGAUACUCAGCUUUAAAACAUUUGAGUCCAUCCAAGUGUCCGAAUUGCAACCUGGCGUUGUCUUGAUGGGAACCAACUUUUUUUUUCUUUUCCUUUUAAAGAAAUAUAUGUUCUGUAAUUCUUUGGUCAUUCAAAGCCUUUCACAAAUGCAAUGGCAUAUUGUGAAUGUGUAAGCGCCAUCAGAUAGGCUCAUUAAAAUCCUUGUAUUGACAGCAGCUUUUAUUGUGGAAGCAAAUAGUAGAGGAAGAAGGUGUAAACCUUUGUGUCUGGCCUAAGAGAAUUACAAUAUGACAUUUUUUUAUUUCUCUUUUAAUAAAGAGACACAUUAGAAAAUGUUUUAUUUUAAAUAUUGUAUAAUUGAAAUGUGUGAAUAUUUCUCAGACUUGAAUAAUUUAUGCAAAAGACAUUCUCAGAACAAUUUGUGGUACAGUUAAGAUUUUAAAAAGCAAAAUUGCUGUAGCAAUAAGGCAUGUCCUUUUUAGUAUCUAUUACACUGCUUUAUAUUUUAUACAUAGGUGUAUUAUGUCUCUGUGAGUAUAUACUUUUCAUUUGUCUCGGAAAACCUGUACAGUUUGUACAAUGUCUAAAAUUACAGUUGCAAUAACAGAAAUUCAGAGAAGUGUUAGCCUACAUUAAUUCAGAAACUUAUUUAUUUUAUAAGUUAAUGCACUGUCUUACUUUCUAUAAAUAUUAUGUUGCUUAAAAUGAAACAUUUAAAAUGAAGCAUUACAAAAGUAGCAUGAACAUAUUUAUGAAAACAUGACUUUAUUUAGGAGCUAUGAUUCAUGUUUCAUUAAAAUGUAACAUUUUUAUAACCAGGAACUAAACUCGUACAGAAGACCCCUUAAUAUACAAAAUGACUUAUGGUAGCAUGUAAAAUGUACUAUAAGAUUCACACAAACAAAAGUGUACAUUUUAACCAAGAGCAAAUUUAAAUCCUAAGAUUUUCUGCAUAAAUAAUGUUAACAGUAGCAAUCAGUUCACCUGUUUUUGAGUCAUAACAGCACACAGAGAAUGAAACUGAAAAUACCACUGUUGUGAAACAAAGAAAGCCUUUGUUUGUCCUGAUUAAAUUAUUCUGGAUAUCAAA